AUGGAGUUUUCCAGCUUCUCGAGCGGGACCGAACGUGCUGUGAAGACUUGGCAAUCAACUUGUAAUAUCUUGUUUGACGCCCCUCAAGAUGGCAUAGUGACUGCAGAACUUCUUAAACAAUUAUAUACGGUGGCACAAAUUGAGGGUCUGGAUAACAAAGGGAGUACUCUGACUGCUACACAAAAGGAAGAUACAAAUGGAGUUGCAGUUACUUCUGCAACAGAAAUUUCAGAGGUCCAGCAAACACUUGUGAAAGGUGUUACAGAAGUAGAGGUAUCUGAGCAUCGUGUUUUUCUCCUUGGAGAGAACCGCUGGGAAGAUUCUUCUAAACUUAGCAGGAACCAAAAAAAGGGAGGUGAAAGCAAGACAAUGAAUACCACAACAAGGUGUCUUACUUGUCGAGGGGAGGGUCGCUUAUUGUGCACAGUUCCAGAAUGUGAUGGAACAGGCGAGCCAAACACUGCAGAACAGCAGUUCUUGGAUUGGGGGGAAGAGGGAGCAAAAUGUCCGUAUUGUGAAGGUCAUGGGUUUACAAUUUAA